CUACUGACACAUGGGAAAGUGUGCCCUUUGAUCUCACUUUUAGAUUAAGAUUAGAUUCUUUGUAGUCAAAUUUAGUCACAUUUCUCUAUCUCAAUUCCUAGAUUUCCCUUCAGCAUAAGUGAGAAUUCUUGAAAUAAUGGAAGACAAACAAGAAGUAGAAGUAAUACAUUCAUGGUCAGCUCCAAGAUCUCUCAGUACUAGUCUUAUGUACUCUUUUUCUCAGAGGGAUGAUAUUGAAGUUCUUGAUGAACCUCUUUAUGCGCAUUUUCUUCGAGUAACGGGUGCGGAAAGGCCGUACCGAGAUGAGGUUCUGUUGAAAAUGGAUUCUGAUGGUAAUAGGGUUGUGGAAGAAAUGAUUUUUGGCCCUGGAGAAAAACGAUACCGCUUUUGCAAGCAUAUAGCGAAACAAAGGGUACCAGGAUUGUCGAGUGAUUUGAUGAAGAAAGGGAAGCACUUCAUAUUGAUACGCAACCCUCUUAAUAUUUUGCCUUCAUUUGACAAAGUUGUGCCACCAUCAUUUCUUGAGCUGGGUUUAGCAGAGCUAGUCUCCAUAUACAGUGAACUCGAUGACCUUGGGACAGUUCCAUCUGUCAUUGAUGCCGAGGACCUUCAACAAGAUCCAGAGGCUGUGUUGCGUGGACUUUGUGAAGACUUGCGCAUUCCAUUUCAGCCAGCAAUGCUCAAAUGGGAAGCGGGUCCAAAACCUGUAGAUGGACUUUGGGCUCCAUGGUGGUACAAAAGUGUACACAAGUCAACAUGUUUCAAACCCGUGAAGGAGUAUCCAACGCCUCUUCCACCUUCGUUAUAUGACCUGUUAGAGGAAAGUCUUCCUUUCUACAACAUGCUGAGGAAAAAAACUAGGCGGACAUGUUCAGUAAUUGGACCGUCAUUACCUCUUCCUCCACUACCUGUUCCUGCCAAUGAUAAGAUUCUUGUCUGGGUAGGGAAUGAGAUUGUACCUCGUGAUAGUGCAAAGGUUUCAGUGUUUGACUCGGUUGUCCAAGGUGGUGAUGCCGUGUGGGAAGGACUUCGGGUUUACAGUGGGAGGGUUUUUAAGCUUGAUGAACAUUUGGACCGGUUAUCUGAUUCAGCUAAAGCUUUGGCUUUUGUUAAUGUCCCAACACGUAGAGAGAUUAAGAAGGCUAUCUUUACAACUCUCAUUUCAAAUGGCAUGUUUGAGAAUGCACAUAUCCGGCUCACUCUAACACGCGGUAAAAAGGUCACCUCUGGAAUGAGCCCAGCAUUCAAUCUGUAUGGAUGUACCUUAAUCGUGCUUGCUGAGUGGAAACCUCCUGUUUAUGACAACACAAGUGGAGUUACUUUGGUGACUGCUACCACACGUAGGAACUCACCAAAUAAUUUGGAUUCGAAGAUUCACCACAACAAUCUUCUCAAUAACAUUCUAGCAAAGGUCGAAGGAAAUUUAGCGAAGGCAGAUGAUGCGAUUAUGCUAGACAAAGAUGGUUACGUUUCAGAGACAAAUGCCACAAACAUUUUCUUAGUGAAAAAAGGCAAUGUGUUGACUCCACAUGCUGAUUAUUGCCUACCUGGCAUUACCCGAGCAACGGUUAUGGAGCUUGUGGUGAAAGAAAAUCUUGUCUUACAAGAAAGACGAAUAAGUCUAUCGGAGUUCCACACUGCAGACGAGGUAUGGACGACAGGAACAAUGGGAGAACUUACCCCGGUCGUCAUGAUCGAUGGACGCGUUGUUGGAAAUGGAAAAGUAGGCCCUAUAACACGGCAAGUGCAGAAUGCUUACAAGAACAUGACAGCAGAAUUAGGUGUUCCCAUUCCCAUGUAUACUAAGGCCUAAUUUAGUCCCAAACGUUGUAGUAAUUUUUAGUGCCUAUUGAUGCAUUUCCUGUAUCCUUGAACGACUAUUUGGUAAUAAACUAUUACAAGUUGUUACUUAUAAA